AUGGAAAGGAUCGAUAAGAUUCGCGUGAUGGCAAGAUCGUCACCAUUUGAUAAGCUAAAGAUGGUUCAGUACUUGAAGCAGAAAGGCCACGUGGUUGCAGUGACGGGAGAUGGCACGAAUGAUGCACCUGCCCUAAAGGAGCAGAUAUUGGGCUUUCGAUGGGAUCCAAGCACUGAAGUUGCAAAGGAGAGCUCAGACAUCGUGAUAUUGGAUGAUAACUUCGCUUCUGUGGUGACUGUUCUGAGAUGGGGCAGAUCCACCUCUUGCCUGACUCUACAGUUUAAGGGAAGAUCCAUCUUUGGCGUGGAUGAGAAGGUCAAGAAUACCCUUAUCUUCAACACUUUUGUUUUUUGCCAAGUCUUCAAUGAGUUCAAUGCCAGGAACAUGGAGAAGAAGAACAUAUUCAAGGGGUUACUCAAGAACAAUACGGAGAGGCUGAAUUGGGGGCAAUGGGGUGCUUGCAUUGGGAUUGCAGUGAUGUCUUGGCCGAUUGGUUGGCUUGUUAAGUACAUUCCUGUUUCUGGAUAG